CACACAAUGCACUGCUCGGCUGACAAGGGUUGUGUCUCCCUGAUUUUCACCAUAAAUUUCCAAUUCAGUGGAAACUUGUGAGGGAGGCAGCAGCGGAGCCGUCCUCCUGCUCUCCGUGUGAAUCUGCACUUUGGAUUUUUUUGUUGUUUUAAAGCGAGAAUACGAAAUCUUUGACCGGAAACGUCGGCGAGUGGUCCAAACUAAUCCUAAAAACAUUGGAUUACACAGAGAGGCUGCAUGAAGGAGCUGCCCAGCCCGACGGGGGCUUGGCCGACACCCUCGUUUAUGGAAAUCGACACCGAGGCUUUGAUAUUUGGGCCUUGAUUUUUUUUCUUUAUGAUGGAGGUGCAACGAGGGAAGAGUUGCGAUUAAAGAAACGAGAUAUUAUCAUUUUACGGGCGAUUGUUUGUGUAAAAAUAACAUAUUGUUCCGGCUUCCUUAAAAAAAAAUGAAAGGUUUUGCUAGUGGCUAACAGCUGGAUCGGCUAACGCUAGCUAGCCACAGUGCUAACGUUACGUCUUUCUUUUGAUGCGAAUUCAACCGUUACUAACGGCCAUCAGUGUUUCGACAGGAAAAAACAAUUAUUAUCUUAGAUGCGGGAUAUUAGCUAGAUUUAUAGCAAACUGUCCGGCUUGUCGGUGUUUCCAGACUCGUUUUAAGAAUAUAGUUUUAUUCUUAGGUUGAAUAUAUUGAAACGCAUCGAGUUAGCCGUGUACAUGCUAACCAAAUGAGCUAAUUGGCAUUUAGCAUUAAUUUAACUCAGCCAGACAGCUAAUUUUACUCAUUUUAGAUUUGGGGUAAUUCACAGUAGCUGUCAGCAGUAAUAUUUCAUAAUAAUACACAAUAAUGUCACGGGUGUUAGUGUGUUGAUACCGGAUAUUUGGGCCUUGCUAACUAACUAGCUAUCAUUUUUUUGCUAACAGGCAAAUAAAUUUGUCAGCGUGUGCAGAAAUUUAGGAAAUCCCACACGCAGGAUUGAGCAAUGUUGGCGUGAUAUUCAUUUCGAAAUUUAUCCAAAAGGCCCGUUUUGUCCGUACACGGCUUGCACUUGUCUCUUUUAUUUGUUGUUUACAUGACUUAUGUGGUUAUCGGUUGAAUUUCUAGCUAGGUGGCUAAUGCUAGCUUUCUACGGGACACAAUCGGCUAAUAUGUCCUGACAUUUGUGUGUCGUGGAUGAUUUAAAUCCCCAUGUGGAGCUAAGUUUGCGUUCAGAUUCAUUGAAAUGACACUCAAAUUUCGCCGAAAGAAAGGCUCCGAUGCCGAUAGACUCUUGUCAAAGGACGGUAAAUAAUAGCCACUGGUUCCAUUAACGCCAUUUUAACAGGGGCUCCCUGCGAGGGCCUGUGUGGUGGUGUUUUAUUUGCGGUUCGGUGCCCUUCCUCCGGACCGGGACUUGACUAAAGUGCCUUUGGGUCUCACUGGAGUUACAAAAGGGAGGUUUGAACAUGGAGGGCCCGAGCAGGAGCACUGGAUUCAGGCAGAGCCGGCGGUCCCGUUCACAGCGCGACAGGGAGCGGCGGAGGAGGCGAGUGGACCUGGCCGAGGAGCGGGCCACAUCCCUGUCCUCAGGCUCUGAUCGGGAGGCUUGUGGGACGAACAGUGUGCUGGGUCCCGGUGGGAGAGAAUGCCGGCCCGGUUUUGGGAGACACAGGCCUCCACGUCGGAGGAAGAGGGAGUCCGUGUCCUGCGAGGAGGACAUCAUUGAUGGCUUCGCGAUUGCGAGCUUUGUCAGCUUGGAGGCUCUGGAGAUGGACUGCUCUCUGAAGCCCAGUCAGCGCACUGAUAUGCUGGGAAGGAGGAAGGGGAAGAGAGGGCCCGAGGAGAACGGAGGAGGGCCGCUGUCAGAGCCGGAGGAAGGAGCCCCGCACAGCUACUCCAGCAGCUGCAGAAACAAGAGGAGAAAGAUAGAGGGCCAUCCUUUGGAAACUGGCUACAUUUGUGACACAGAGAGUGACACUGGAGACAAGGCCUCUGACAACGACAUGGACCCAGUCUUCACAGUCAGUACGAGGAAAGUUGUGGAGCCCGCGCCCUCAAACAUGGGCACAUCCAUGGGCAAAAUCUGCCCGCCCCUCCCGGCCCGUUGUGGCGGCGUCAGGUUGAUGGUGACCCCCAGAGUAUCCGGCCUGGAGCGAAGUCAGGAGAAAAGCCUGGAGCAGCAUUUCCCAGAGCCUGUUUCUUCUUCUACCUCUUCUGCCCCCUUCUCUCGCCUGCCUUCCCCGGUCGCAGUCCCGGGCUCGGUCCCCCGGUCCAGCCCGUUCAAUGGAAACGGCAGCCGCCACAACGGCAGCCCGCCGCUCUCCAAACCCAAACCCUUCCUCACUCUGCCUGGACGAUCUCACUCCAUCUACAACAUCAACAGGAGCAACACCCCGGUCAAACCCGUUUCAUCUGCUUCAUCUGUUGCGUCUUCCGCAUCCUCCAUGCGCCCCCCGACUCCUUCCACCAGUGUGUCGCUGCCCUUCAACAGGGGCUUAGGAUCCUCAGGGCCCCUCAGACCCCCAUCCCGAGCCAGCUCCGGGGCCUUGUUCUCGUCCUCACCCGGCCUGCCUCCCCCUCCACCUCUGCAGCAGGUUCCCGGCCACUCAUCAGCUGCAGACCAAGAAUUACUGCGUCAGAACUUAAACUCCCACUUCUUGAAUUCACAAGAGCGCGAGGGCAGACGCAGCGUCCCAGGGGCUGAAAACAAUGCAGCUGCGGGCCGCUCCACUCCCGGCGGUCCGUCGGCAUCGAACUCUGGACCGGGCUCGUCAGGCCGGGCGUCCCAGAACCAGUCGAGCAUCCCGCCCAUGGCCUUCCAGUUCCAUCAGCACAACCACCAGCACCAACACACGCACACGCACCACUUCACGCCCUUCCUGCACCCCACAGCGACCGCACCGCCUCUGUUUGACAAGUACGCAGGAAAAGUGGACGGGCUCUACAGACACCCUUUCUUCCCACAAUACCCGCCGCCUUCAGUGCCGAGUAUCCAGCCUGUGAUUCCUCCCACUGGGCCUUUCAGCUCCUUGCAAGGAGCUUUUCAGCCAAAGCCUCUUGUCCCUCAGGGAACGGGUCCAGAUAUAACCGCACGACUUGGGGUUGUGCCUCACCACCUGCAGCCCAAAGACCCCAGGCUAACUGAUCCAUUUGGGACAUCGUUGAAAAUCAGUAAUAAACCAGGAAAGUGGUGUGCUAUGCAUGUAUAUGUGGCCUGGAUGAUUCUGCAUCAUCAGAAAAAAGUGAAGCUGAUGCAGGCUGAUCCUCACAAGCUGGACUUCCGUAGUGACCUGCUGGCCCGUCUUCCUGGAGCUGGGGGACUGGGCCCUCUGGGGCCCAUUGGAGGAGCCCUGCCUCCCACUCAUGAUCUCACCAGACCUCCCAGUCUGUUCUCAGCUGCAGGGGCAGUCAAUCCGUCCUCGGCUCCUUUCAUCUCUCCAUCAACGCCCCACUCCUCGUUCCUCCCACCGACUGCACACUUGGAUCCGUACGGCCGGUCCCCACCCUUCACCCCACUGGGAGCUCUUGGUUCUGGUGCCUUUGGAGGACUUGGCAGCCCAACACUGGCAGGAUCUGUGUUCGGCCCCAAAGAUUCACCAGCUAGUGUGGUCGGAGGUCUGUCCACCCCGAACCACCAUGACCCCUGGAACCGCCUACACGCCGGCCAGUCUGGGUUCGCUCCCGGUCCCAGCUGGGCGAAAGGGCCAGACAAGCGGGACGAGCGGGAUCGAGCGAAGGACCUGGAGAGGAGAGACGUCCCCCACAUCAAGGAUGAAAAGGACAGAGACAACAUGCUGUACGGCCGACAACCUGUGCGAAUGUCUCCAGUCGCCCCGCCCUUCAAGCCCCGCAGUAGCACCCCGCUCUCCCACAUUAACGGCCACAGCAGCGCCCUGGGGGGCAGCGGUGGGCCGAUCGAGGACCUGACACGCAGCUUAAACAGGGACAGAGACCGCGAGCGAGACAGAGACGGGGACAAGAGGCCGCUGCCGACGGUGUCCUCACGGGGGCCUCCUCUCGGCUCCUCAUCUUUAGUAGCAGACAGAGACAGGCCGCGGUCUUCCUCGUCCUCUGUUCUCACCACUCCCCCGCCCUCCAACCGCUCGGCCCCGUCCCCCAUGGACCUUUACCCCCGCCCGAUGGCCCCGACAGCACACAGCCUCCACGGCGAACCCUCACACUCCCAAAGAGACACGAACCUCCCUUCUUCCUCCGCAGCUUCCGCCUCCGUCACGUCUUUGUCUCAGGCCAAGAAGUCUGACCGGACCACCACACCCGUCUCCAAACCUCCGCUGCUUCUGCCGCCCGUCAAGGUCAAAGAGGAGCGGAAAGAGGAGCCGGAGCACAUCCCCAUCACCCUGCCGCCGCCUGCGCCCAACCACAGCUUUGACCGCCCCAACAGCCAUCCGCACCACCCUCGCUCUGGUACUCCCUCCUCCUCUUUGUCACUGACUCCCACUCCCGGUGUCCCCCUCAUGCCGCCCACUCCGAACGCGCCGCCACACCUCUCCCUGCUGGACCGCUCCAGAGCCAUCGAGGCUUAUCUGGGGAGCACGGGCGCCGCGGGGUUGGUCAUGGGUCCAGGAGGAGACCGCUUCCACCACGGUCCGGGCCAAGGACCGCCACAGGGCCCGCACAGCUUCACCUGGGACCCCUGGAGGGACCUGGCGGCUCAGCAGCAGCAUCAUCAGCAUCGUAGGGAAGCUUUGGCGCUCCGCUCCGACCCUCACCUCGCCCUGCGCUCCGACCCACAUCUGGCCCGUCUGCUCCAGCAUCAGCGCCUCGUGGAGGCAGAGAGGGUCGCGGCUGUCGCAGCUGCAGCCGCCGCCGCCGCCGCCAACCCUCACCACCCUCCGACGUCUACCUCUUCUGCCUCCACCUCCGCUGUCCGCCAGGAGUUCGGCCUCAUGGCGCCGCACUUCGACCGCCCUCCUCACCUCGGAGCCCCAGGAGGAGGACUGAUGGACGAGGAGCAGCGCGCCCAGAUCCUGAGGGAGGACUAUGAGCGGGCUCGCUACUUCGGGAUGCACCCGCACCUCCCCGCCGGCUCUCACCUCUCGAGCCCCUCUCAUGCUGCUACUGCCGCUCACCUGGAGCAGCUCCACCCCGGCCUUCUCUCCCACUCGCUCCCCCACGGAGCGUCCCCCGCUUCCCAGCACCACGCCGGCCUCUUCGCCCGCCUCGGCCCGCUGAACCCCCACCACGUGCCCAACGGCAUCCUGGCAAAGACCCCCGCGGGCUUGGUGGGAGCUCUGGCGGUGGGGGCGCCGCCUCCGCUCAUUCCGUCCAUCACCAGCCGGUCGUCCACGCCGCCGCGUAGACUCGGAGGGCCGGGCGAGCUGGCGCUGUACAGCGCCCACAAAGACGGAGAGUCCAGAUAGUACAGGGACAACACUGGAGGAGUGUAAGGGAAAUGUCAGGAUCACUGUGCUGCUCUCAACCUGCCCCCUUUUCCUCUUGCGGACUACUAAACCCCGCCCUCCCAGUUACACCGCCCGAAACAGGGUCACCAUGACUGGCUGGAGGUGACGGUCGGGAAAUGCAAGACUCGUCAGUGUGACUUGGAAUAUGCGCAAUGGUUCUAUCAGUGCAAUUUAAAGGUACGUGGUUUCUGUGCAUCCUCGGUGUGUUUUUAUUUCAUACCGGCCGUCGGUCCGUAGAAAGAGGCGGCCGACGGCUCGUCUUUCCUUCGUCAGGUGAAUUACGAUCCAUCGUUUUCAAGCCUUUUUUUUUUUCGGGUGGAUUGGAAACGACUUCCAGAGGGAUGCACACUGUGAAAACGCGUCAUCCUCAGCUCGGUCAGCUCGUGGGAUUCGAUUAUUAAGCCUUCCUCAACGUGAAUCAGCCCUGAUUAGGUCUCGUGGACGAGGGCGUCUUUUCAUUUCGUGGUAAAAGUGGUGCUUUCUGUUCUGUCUUUGUGUCUUUUUGUCAAUGUGGAAAGACGGAUGAGAUCAUUUUAACGGUAAGCAUCGUACCUCCUGCUUUACCCCCAAAAAUCCACCCCCUCACUGAUAAUGAGAUUUUUUUGUUGUUCUUUUUUCAAAGGAUGAAUGGCGAAAUGAACUGUGCUACACUGUGAGUGACCACGGUGUUUUUAGAGCUUCCUGUAACUGUUUCCCACUCUCCUCUCGACUAUAUGAACAGGACCAGAUUAUAGUAGUCUAGAGAAAUUGCCUUUGUAAUUAUUAUUCUUAACAUUAAUUAUCUUCUAUAAUAAUAAAUAUAUUCACUGUUAUGUUAUUUGUCUUUGUUUCGGGUAUCAACCAGUACUCUCUCCCCCAGGUAGUAAAUAUGUUUCUAAAUCGCGCAGAAGACAAAAAGGCUCACAGGAAACUGUUUUUUCGAUGCUCGUGGACAUUAAGCCGUCUCCAUCGCGACCUCCGACCUCGUCACGGAUCUCAUGUUAUUACGCCGAGAGGGAGGUUUGCCUGUGUGUCAUUGGUUGUGUGUUAUAUCCACUUUGGGACUAUGGGAGCCUUGUACAUUGAACUGUCGAGUUGUUUCAUCAAUAAAAAAUAAGUUAUAUACACGGAUAAGUGGGACAUCUGCUGAAGAACUGAAAAAAAAUAUAAGGACUUUUGUCAAAAGACAACUAGACAGUGGGUAUCCUGAGAGGGAAAAGACUGGGUCGAUUAUUUUAAUAUGACCAUUUUAUACCUUUCAAACCCCUCCCCUAGAGACCACAAAGAUUAAUUAUUAAAUGAAUUGUUGUUUAA